AUGAAAUAUUUGAAUGAAAAUUGCAUGAGUCGUCUUGCGAUCACUCUUCACAAUGAUCUCAAUGAGACAGGUUGCGACUCUUUGGUAAUCCUCCAUUAUCAUUGGGGAGGCGUGUCAAAAUUUUCUAAUUUGGAACAAUAUGGGAUUGUGAAACUUAAAUAUACUUCUGUUAAGCAAUUUCAUUCUGCUCUUCGAGACAUCAUAGCACCAAUAGCUACUGAAGAAAGUGAUUCUUCAGAUAUCUCAAUAAAUCAACUUCCAGAUAAUCAUAUGGAUGAGCAUGAUCAGAACAAUGAAAAGUUUGGAAUUUCCAAAGAAAUUCCCCAAGAGUUGGCCACAGAGAUUCAAGCUUGGUUUCACCGAAUUCACGAUUCUCAUGAGGCCAAAGAAUCGGCUACUCGAAUUCAACGCUGGUUUCGCCGUGCUCUCCUACGACAAAAAUCUCGGCAAGAUAAAGACCCAAUCCUAGAACAGAUUUUCAACGAGAUGGUAGUUUUUUGCAAAAACGAACUUUUUUGGAAGACUGCUGUUAAGAAUAAGGGAAGAAAAAGAGUGAAUAAGUAUCAUAUUUUAUUGAGAAGUCUGAUUGUAAAAAACAUUGUAGACCUGACUAAGCUGCAAGGAAACAUGGAUGCUAGAAAAAUAAAAUUGCAAAAAACGAUCAAUAAUCGUAGUUCGGAUGACCAAAAAAUUGACAAAUGUUUGGAGUUACUGGAUGACUUAAAGUUCGUAUAUUCAUUACGAAAACAUCAAGAUGGUACUAGAUUCAUUAUCAAUAUCAAAGAGCGCGAAAAAACAUCAAGAUGCAAAUAUUGA